AUGGCGUCCACGCUUCCUUCGCCUCCAGAUUCGCGUGAUAGCUCGCCUGAAUCGGCCUGCAACUCGGACACCGUCGCCGAUGAUGGAGAGGCCCUCUCAUCCCGCCUUGACGUCCUCCUGAUCGAGUACCUCUCCCUCCUGGACAGAUACACCACACUCCGCGCUCGGCUCGGCAGAGACUUCUCGUCCGGCUUCUUCGCGCUCGCCCAAGCAAACCGGUAUGCGGACUCCACAUUGGGCGCAGGGAGACGGUAUGGAGAGGAAGGAUUCGACGACAGGAUGAAAGCAGGGAGGGUAGUCGGUAUCAAGCGAGGAGAGCGGACUGACAGGGACCGAAAUGGUCACUGUGUUGAUACAGAGGCGGCCGGGCAGACGAUACAGAACUCUGAAAAGAAAGAUCUAUCUAUGAGAAAACCCAACGAACAGCCGUCCGAGGUCAUGGCUAGUGACGCGCCCAAGCAAGACUUUGAUGAGCCAGAGCCGCACCAACACGAAAUCAAGGAUGGUAUUGACCAGAAUCUGUCUUCGUCCGCUUAUCACCUUUCGAUCGAGUCUUGCUCAGCCCCCAUGAAAGAUCCUCUGAGAUGCUACGGCAUCUUGAUCCCUCCGGCGUUACGGACGUGUCAGGAGCACUUCGCCUCAGCCGUCUCCUCUGUGAUACCAGAACUCUUGAAUACUACAUUUUCUUUGAGAAGUGUAGAGGAUGAGAUCUGGACUGUUCGGCGUGAGCUGGGUAUCCUCGACGAGUACGAACACAGCUCCAGUGACAAAGUCCAUAGGCCGGACGAAGAAGGCAUGAAGAACAAUCAAUCCAGACAGGGCUCCCAAGAUCGUGAUCCAGAGAUAUCCGUUUCAGCCUUGGAUCUGUCAUCGUCUAGGUCCAGGGCGUCACCGACCAAGAAUCCAUCAAAUCUGUUGUCUACUUCGUCCGCGGGUGUGCCUCGUCAGGCGCGAUCCAGAGUCUUGAAGCUGGAUUGA